AUAUAAUACAGAAGGACACACUUCAGUCUCUGAUGUUGUGACACAGGAAACACCCUUGUCUGGCCCGGUUGAACUGGACUACUCAAUGACGAUUCAACAGAAAUUUAAGGACGAGUACAACGACCCAACUUCCACAGAGUAUAAGGAACUUGAAAACAUGGUUUUGAGUACGAUUGACAACAUGUUCAUGAACAGCGAUAAGAGUGGCGUGUAUGAUGGGUCGGAAGUUCGCGGCUUCAGUAAUGGAAGCGUCAUCGCCAAGGUGUUCAGUCGCUUUAAACGAGCACUAAUCCACGCCACUGAGAAACACUCAGACUUGAACAAGGUCCUGGACGUGUUCGUGGAUGAGGUCAAGAACCUGAUCGAAGAGUUUACCAGUCAACCAGGCUGCUGCAAUGGCCUCAAAUUCGUCACUGUCAUCGUCAAUGGAGCAAACAUCGAACCACCAUCACCACCUCAACCAGCAGACCCGGCAACUAAUCCACCUACUGCAGCACCAACCGAUCCACCAAUCGUAGCACCAACUCAUCCACCCUCGGAUCUACCAACCGCAGCACCAACUCAACCACCAACCGCAGCACCAACUCAUCCACUAACCGCAGCACCAACUCAAAUACCGACUAUUGCACCAACUCAACCACCAACAGCAGCAGCUACUCAACUACCGACUAUUGGUCCAACUCAACCACCAACUGAAGCAUCAACAAUUGCUGGCUGUGUGUUGAACUCUUGUCUGAACAACGGGACAUGUCAACCAUUCGGAAGCGAUGGCUUCAUCUGUGAAUGUCUUGAUGGGUUUGUUGGCACGAGUUGUGAAACAGCUGUCUUUCAGUGUGAGGCAUUCGGUUACGACUUUGGUGAAUCUGAGACAUGCGAUGGCGUCCUUCAGUGUCCAAAUGGCGAUGACGAAAAGGGUUGUGAGUGCGGUGUACAUGAGUACCAGUGCCGUAACACUAUCUGUGUGAGUCCGGCUGAUGCGGAAUGCAACGGAGUCGCUGAGUGUCUGGAUUAUUCAGACGAAGGAGUUAAUUGUAAUGACGCUUACUGCGUAGAAAUCGACAGCGAUGAAUGCCUUGCCAUCCUGCCUUAUAAUACAACCUACUUCCCGAAUGACCUUGCGACCAACAACUCCAUCAAUGAAUAUCUGUCUCAACUCACGACCAACUGCACCGAUAGUGAGAGACUUGCUCUGUGUAUGGCGUUAUUCCCGGAGUGUCCUCGGUUUGGUUCCCAACGCAGGGUCUGCGCAUCACUGUGUUCCAGGGCCUUAGAAUGUGUCGGUAUGGACACCGACUCUACUCCUUUACACUGCGAUAUGUAUCCGGACCGGGGUGUGUUGUCCACCUCAGAUGGUUGUCUCUAUGACGAAGAAGAUGUUGUGCAGACAGGAGAUUGUGGACGUCGUCCAGCUGCCUCGCCCUCUCUCAAUCCUUUCAGUCGUAUCGUUGGUGGCGCCCCGUCACACAUCGCCAACUGGCCCUGGAUUGGUUCAUAUCAACUUUCUCACGGACUUCACUGGUGUGGUGCAACGUUAAUCAGCCCACGUUGGGCAGUCACUGCGGCGCACUGUGGCCGAAACCAUCAGAUAGUGUUUGGCAGUUCACUUUUGGAUACUCCGUCCGAUUAUCCCCACGGCUAUCGCAUUGCACAGUUUUUCAUUCAUCCCGAAUACGACGACUUGACUCAUAAAAAUGAUAUUGCACUAGUGAAGUUAGCUACACCUGUACGAUACACUGACACCAUCCAACCAGCUUGCUUGGAAACCGAAGACGACGAAGUGGACAAGUACGACACGUGCCAUGUGGCAGGAUGGGGCCACACUUCAUUCGGAGGGAAUGUUUCUCCAGUGUUAAAAGAGGCAAGUGUGCCGCUGAUAUCAUUGGAGCAGUGCAAGGCGUACCUUGGGGGACGUCUCUUCAUCUCCCCCGAUCAAAUUUGUGCUGGGGGUCGGAGUAAUGACACUUGUCAAGGCGACAGUGGAGGUCCUUUGGUCUGUCGUGGAGCAAACGGACGCUGGAAGUUGGUUGGUAUUACGAGUACAGGUAUCGGAUGUGGUGGCGUCACGCCGGGUAUUUACACAAGAGUCUCCAAGUACGUGGACUUCAUCAGAUUCACAAUCGCUUCAGCAUUUCAGCCGUGUACCACGGAUCAGUUUGACUGUGGGGAUUACGUUUGUAUCGACGGUCAUUCACGUUGUGAUAGCCAAUACGAUUGUAUCAAUGCAAUCGACGAGGAACUGUGUGGCUGUGUGUUAAACUCUUGUCUGAACAACGGGACGUGUCAUCCAAUUGGAAGCUAUGGCUUCAACUGUGAUUGUCCUGAUGGGUUUGUUGGUACGAGGUGUGAACAAGACCCACAUCCCAUCAAUCUUUUGGAGAACGAGGCAGUCGAAAUUACUUCACCAUCCUAUCCAAGCAACUACCAGAACAAUCUGAACAGCCAAUGGAUCAUCCAAACAGCAGAGGACCUGGGAAUCCUCCUCAGUUUCCACGCUUUCGACACGGAGAGAUGUUGUGAUUAUCUGAGUGCUGGGGAUGGCCGCAACUCUACUAACUCUGCCACAAGGGUGUUCCGUUUGAGUGGGAGCAGUCUCCCGCCUGAUACGCUCUCAACCGGCAAUGCCAUGUGGCUGAGGUUCACAUCUGAUGGUAGUGUCACCAGAAUGGGUUUCUCUUUAUCAGCUCGAAGCAUUCGAUCAGCUGGCUGUAUAUUAAACUCAUGUUUGAACAACGGGACGUGUCAACCAGUAGGGAGGUCUGGCUUCAACUGUGAAUGUGCUGCUGGGUUUGAAGGCACGAAGUGUGAAGCGGUGAGUAUCUUCGUCGGUGAAAACGAAACAGUUGAAGUCACUUCGCCAGGUUAUCCAGACAGGUUGCCAAGAGAAGAUGCAGCCAUUUGGAUCAUCCAGACAGACGAAGACAUGAAGAUACUAGUUGAUUUCAAUGAUUUGACCACUGAUUACUACGACUACUGGAAAGUUGGAGAUGGAGUCGAUAUCGAUGAGUUUACUUUUCUGUCAUGGAGUCGACGAACGCAUCCCCUUCCGAAUCUACUUUCGCAUGGAAGCGCCCUCUGGAUUUCGUUGUCGUUUUCUUAUUCCUUCGGCACGAGAGGAUCAUUGUUCUUCGAUGUAGCUAGCGUUCAAUACACAGAAUCUCUGACAUGUUCUGCUGCUGAAAUUGAUUGUGGGCAUUCUGUCUGCAUCAACAGUGCCUGGCGGUGUGACAGUUAUGAUGACUGCCUCGAUGGCAGUGACGAAGAUUUUUGUGGUUGUGUGCUUAACUCUUGUCUGAACAACGGGACGUGUCAACCAAUUGGAAGGAAUGACUUCAACUGUGAAUGUCCUGAUGGGUUUGCAGGUGCGAGAUGUGAAAUAGAGUCAAUUAUACGUAUCAAUCUUUCGGAGAACGAGGCAGUCGAAAUUACUUCACCAUCCUAUCCAAGCUACUACCAGAACGAUCUGGACAUCCAGUGGAUCAUCCAAACAGCACAAGACCUGAGAAUCCGCCUCAGUUUCCACGCUUUCGACACGGAGGAUUGUUGCGAUUAUCUGGAGGUUGGAAAUGGCCGCGACUCUACUAACUCCUCCACAAGGGUCUUCCUUCAGAGUGGGAGCAGUCUCCCGCCUGAUACGCUCUCAACCGGCAAUGCCAUGUGGCUGAGGUUCACAUCUGAUGAGACUGUCACUGGAGAAGGUUUUUCUCUAUCAGCUCAAAGCGUUCAACCAACCGAUCUUUCCAAGUGAGCUCAUCAAGUCUGCUUCCCUGAAGUGUUUCAGCCAUAUAGAGAGCAAGUAUCGCUGGCGAUGACAGGCAUUACUAUUAGAUUUGCUACACGAAGAGGUAACUAUAGUGGCAUCAUGUUUUAUAUCUUUCAUUUUCUCCUAAAGUCUUCUUUAUUAAGACUUGCCUGUUUGCCAGCUUGUUGGCCUACUCAUAAGCUGGCAAAAUAAUGUAUAGUCAGUGUAGAAUUUCUCAUCUUAAAUAUCUGCUUUAAAUUUACAAGAUUCGCGGACACGUUCAUAUGGUGGUCCUCAAAAAGUUACAGAAAGGGUUAUAUCAAGAACCAUUAACCGGAUUCCAAUUUGGUCAAUUCCAAAUUAAAAUUUGGUUAGUCUUUGGGAUGUAUCCUUUCAGUAAUUGAAAACAAUAACUAGAUAUUUUUGGACUAAUAAAAUACCUAUAUUGUGCGCUUUCAUGUAUAUUUUGGAAAUAUUUCAGACAGGUCUUUUUGAGUCUUAGUUAUCGUUCGGCUAAGAGUAAAUCUGCAUUAUCGUCAUUUGGGAAUUCGGGAAAAUGUUAUAAAACUGUUACAAAAAAAUUGAACUUCGGAAGCAGUACGGAGAUUCUGGCGGACCAAAUAUUAUUUAGUAUUACUUAAAUUAUGUGUUCCAGAAUUCUUGUCAUCAGGAAUUUUUAAAUAAUUUUAAUUUACUUGCUUUCUGUUGUACUGCAGAAAAUUGUUCUAUUAUACACAGGAAAACGAUCGUUAUAUUGUACAUGUAUAUGCACUUUAGUGAGAACAUUCGCCCGCAGUUUACAUAUGAUUAUGUAUUUGAUUACUACAUAUAAUUAUGUAUUAUGACAUUGGAUUUUUCUUCAAAAUGGUACAAUCCACAUAUAGCAAAAUCAGAAAGAUUAGUUUGUAAUCAAGAAUUUUAUUGUUUUCAUUUCAUUCAAUUUUUGUUUAAAUUUACCGCAGAAAAUCAUGAUUUACCCAGAGAUACGUUUAUUAAUCCGUACAUCCCCUUAUUAGAACUGAUUUGGGAUACUCGGAAUACUAUUAAGAAUUGGGUAUUUUUUUUUAUUUUACCUUUUACACGAUUAUAUACCAUACAUGUAGUUCCCUUUUUAUUGCAAAAUGUCGCCCUCAAUUUGCUCACACUAAACUGGAACAUUCUAUGAUGUAUGCAAUCUAUAUGUAGGAUAAUCAGAAUUGGUGGGAUUUGUUAAUCGAGAAUUUUAAUAUUUUAAAUUUUAUUUUUUUUACUGCAGAAAAUGUUUCUAUUAAAGCUAUUAUAGCAAUACGUUUGUAAUACCAUAGUUCCCUUUUAUCGCAAAAGAUUGACCGCUAUAUGUUCUCGAUUGGAAUGUUCUAUGUAGGGCAUAUGCGGGCCACAUAGUACUGGGUAUAAUCAGAAUGCUAUUUUGUAUUUCAAAUUUGUGUAAUCGAGAAUUGUAAAUAUUUGUAAAACAUCUGUUUUGUUUUUACUACCUAAAAUUAUUCUAUUCAUACACAGAUAUACCGUGGGUGCCUUGGAUGCAAAUGAUCGCCCGCGAUGUAUAUAUUCUAGAUAUAUUCUACAGGGUGACCCCACACAAGUUUUGCAAGCAGACAUCUUUAAAUUUCUCAAAAUAUAUCCAACAUCAGCAUUUCGUGUUGAUGGAAUACCGGUAUAUUGUUUGUAUUCUUGUGUAUAAUCACAGUGAACAUUUGAUGAAAAUCCAUUCAUGCAAAUGGAUUACUACAGAUUAUAAGUGGCAAUUUUCACCGUUCCAAUGUGAUAUACACAGCUGAUGAAAAGACCCAUUGCAGAGUGCCGGUUUAGCGACUUCGAAUUGUAUUGAAAAAUUGGUUGAAAACACGCACUUUUAUAACCUGUUACAGCUCUGGUUUGCAGGAAUUGGUUUCCAUGACAUUUUCACAGAUUUUUUUUCCAUUUUAACAAGAGUAGGCCUAUAAUGAAAUACUAACGUUAGAUACUUUUGGGAAUUUUAACGAUAUUCGCCUACACAACUUGUUGAGGGUCACCCUGUUGCAUGCAUGCAACAUCCACGCAUGGGAUAAUUAGAAUGCUACUUAGAAUUGUGUAAAUGUUUAUUCCAGAAUUAUUUUCUGUUAACGAGAAUUUUAUUUCAGUUUCAUUAAAAAGAUAUAUCACUGCAUGAAAUCA